AUGGGCCCCAAGGAGAUUGUCGAUCAUAUGGCCACGGCAAUGCUGCUCUGCUGCUUCGAAAUUCACCACGCAUCAUGCACUUCGGGCCAGUGGACGGGUUAUCUUAGCAAUACCAAGAAAAUUAUCAACGCCUCCUGCACGAGUAACCUCUUGCAACUAGACACCGACAUAGGCAUCAUACUCGACUGGGUAUACUACCACGAUGUGCUAACCCGCUUCUUGUUAAGACAUUGGAAGAGAGAGGACGUCGGUGAGGUCCUACCGACGUCGACCGAUGUUUUCUGGGCAGAGGAUUCUGUGAUGGACCAAUCUGCUUUUUCCAUGCUGGAAUUAUUGUCGAAAAUGUGUGAUGUGGUAUCCACGGACACACUUCUGCUGGAAGCUAUCGAUAACGUGGACGACUUUAAGGGCUUCUUGAACGUGCUCGACUGGAGAAUUAAAAGCAUACCUGUCUCACUCCCUCCUAUCGAUAGCGAUGCAACGUCAGAGGAUUCUUCUCUGCUCCUGCAGUUGUACCAACUUGCUUUGCUGCUGGAAUAG